UCGUAUUUUUUAUAGAUUUUAAUGUGGUGAACGUGUAAGUCCAUUGUCAACUGACCUAUAUAAGACAAAUUAUUUAUAAAAUAGUUUAGUUAUUGUGGUUUUAUAAGUCGAAGAAUAAUGUUCAGAAAUAUAGUAUUAAAUCAGAUAUCCAUUUUGAUGUUGCUGGCAAUCAUCGAAACUCAAAGCUUGGAAGAAUCAAUAAACGUAGAAGUACCAGUGUCCUACCUCAAUUCCCUAAAAUACACCUCCAUAAUUCCUUUUGGUGCUCAAGGUAGUUCUAACAAACUACGCUUGGAUCAGUACCAAUACAGUUAUGGUGUAGCCGAUCCUGAAACAGGUGAUAACAAAGAUCAUUACGAAAUUAGAGACGGUGAUGUGGUUAAAGGAUCUUAUACCAUAGCCGAACCGGAUGGUACAGUUAGAACAGUGAAGUACACCGCUGAUCAAAACGGUUUUAAUGCUGUGGUAGGGAAAUCUGGACAAUCUGUAUAA